AUGUCCCCGUCUUAUCGGACAGCAAAUACCCUAUACGCCCCAACUCUUCAGGAAGAGUUGAGGUCCGCACCAACUGCACAUAACAGCAGCAGCAGCAGCAGCAGCAGGACAUACAGCAGCAGCAGGACAUACAGUAGCAGCAGGACAUACAGCAGCAGCAGGACAUACAGCAGUAGCAGGACAUACAGCAGUAGCAGUGGAAGCAGCAGCAGCAGCAGAAGCAGCAGGGCAUAUAGCAGUAGCAGUAGCAGUAGCAGUAGCAGCAGCAGAAGCAGCAGGGCAUACAGCAGUAGCAGCAAAUGCAAAGAUAUAUACAGCACCAACUACAUGCAGCAUCGGCAGCAGCAGCAGAAGCAGCAGCAGCAGCAGUAA